AUGGCAGAAGAAGCCCAGGUACAAAUUGAGGAAACUGAAGCACCUGCUGAAAUGAACAUCUAUGAUGCAAUCAGAGAGGUGCUUAAGAAAGCUUCACAUCGUGAUGGCCUGCUCCGAGGCAUCAACGAAGCUGCUAGAGCCAUAGAUAGAGGAGACGCCAAAGUUUGCUUUUUAGCUGAGAACUGCGACCUGAAAGAGUACAAAGGCUUGAUCAGAGCUCUUUGCACAGAAAAGGAUGUCCCACUUGUGAUGGUUUCUGAUAGAAACACCCUUGGAGAAUGGGCUGGAAUGUGCAAAGUUGACACAACAGGAACAGCAAGACAUAUUGUGAAAUGCUCUUCAGUAGUAGUGACUGAUGUUGACGAAGAAACACAAGCCUGGAAAGUCCUUUCUAACUACAUUCAUUCUCAGCAUAGCUAA